CGCGGUUUCUGGUGAUCGUAGCCAGUAAAGUCAUGCCAGAAUGGGGUUGGCUUUGUGUAAUUGUUAACCUGGUGUGUUGUGUUUUUGCGACUGUAGCGGUCUUUAUGCUGUACUCGGGAUUAAUCUCGCAGAUCAACAUACGGUGUGGCUCCCCCCCUAUCAAGAGCAUUACUUUCGCCUACAAAUUCAAAGAAGGACCAUACAAGAACUGUGGACAACUUUUCACGGAGUGCUACAGCAUUGGACCCAAGCUUUCGUACAUCGGUGUAUUUUACGAUGACCAUAAAGAGGUGCGGGGUCAACGCUGCCGCUAUGUCGUGGGCACUAUCCUGAGUGAAGGCGGUAUGAAGCCCAGCGAGGAGCUGCUGCAGCGCUGUGAGGAGUCUGGCUUUAGGGUCUACUCCUUUCCAGAAGUGACACAUGUGGUCACGACCUCAUUCCCCCACAGGACGCUCCUCUCAAUCCUCCUGGGGGUAAGAAGGGUCUACCCACGGCUAGAACAUUAUAUCAAGGAAAGGAAGCUGUGUGCCCACCCAUUCCUAGAGAUCUACAGAGGGGGGCAGAUCCAGUUCAUGGUGCCCCUGGCACGCCAGGCAGACUUCUAUGUGCCCGAGGUCUGCCGGGUAGACAGGAGGCAGUCAGUUGGAGAACGAUCAGAUAGCGACACAGAAAUCUCAGGUGCGGAGUCCAACAGUGAAUACAGUUCGGGGAGCGGGAUUCUCCUGUCAGACAGCCGAGAGACAUCCCCGUCCUCGUCCGCCACGCACACAGAGCCCUGCAAUCUUCUCGGAGACGGGGACCGCCGAGGGAGAAGUUCCACGCCGUCCUCAGCGAGGGUGCUGAACCAGGAGCUCCAUGAUGGACAGCAGAUGAAGGGGGACGUGCCGGGUCACGCUUCCCCCGAUAAGGAGAGCCUGGUUGUCGCCGCGGGUAUACGUGGGGUUGUAGUUGGGGGUGAGGAGUGACCUUACGGUAUUCAGAGUCCAGACCAGGAAGUGAGAAACAAAGGAGAAUGAGGAAUGUAGUGAUACUGAAGUCUGAGGGAGCAGGAGAAGCAGAGAAAGGGUGUUUCAGAAUGUGCCCAAAUCAUUCAGGGUCAGCAUUUACCCCGCAUUCAGGGGGUUGCUGUGUCUCUUUCAGUGGUAUGGUUUUAAAACGAGAAUGUCACAAAAUGUUGUUUUUCCAGAUUUGUGCCGACAAGCAAACGGUAUACUUGAAAUUUCAAAGAUUGUAACUUGAUUGUUGUGCGUUCCUGAUGUUUCAGCUCUGUGGUUAGAAUAUUAAUUGUGUUACUUGAUGACCAAGUUGUUUUUGUCCCGGGCCUUGUUUUGUACUGUUUAUCUGUAAACAUGGUGGUUUUAACACGUUUUGAUUGUUCAAGUUAUUAUAUUGUUAUUACGUUGACAUGCAAUAAGUUACAUUGUCAUUGUUUCGUUAAUGGUUAUGCUGACUUGUUUUAAAAGGGUUUUUUAUUAAAAU